AUGGACAUAGAUUCUAAGAUUCGAGCGUACAGAUUUGUUGGCUAUGCGGCUGUUUUCUUCUCAGCCGUCACCGUCUUCAGCGUGUGCAUCACCUUGCCUAUCAUCUACAACUACACACAGCAGAUGAGACGCAAUAUCAAUAGCGAAGUCGAGAAAUGUCGUGUUGAAAUCAAGGACACAUGGACUGAGGUCAGUCUUAUGAAUGUUGAGAGCAAGAUGUUGAACAGCACAAGGGUGGCUCGUCAAGCCAAACAAUGCCAAGGAUGCUGUCUACCCGGGGAGGCCGGACCAAAAGGAGCUCCCGGAAGACACGGAACCCCUGGAAGAAAUGGUGCCCCAGGUGCUCCAGGAAAUCCUGGACGUCCUCCGACGAACAUGUGCGAGCCCGUCACUCCACCACCAUGUGAGCCUUGCCCUGCCGGAGACAUCGGACCACCCGGACCUCCCGGACUUAAAGGACAUCAAGGACCACCCGGUCCCGCUGGACCUGAAGGUCCAGAAGGAGAGCCAUCGGUGUGUUUCUCGACGGUUGCUGUGGUUUCGAUCGUGAUCACGCUUCCGAUGGUAUAUCACUACAUGUCAGCUAUUCGCCAACAAACCGGACUAGAAAUGGAGAAAUGCAAGUCACAAAUCAAAGACACUUGGAAUGAGGUGUAUCAUAUGGGAUCAGAGGUUCUCGUUGCAAAUCACACAAGGGUGGCCCGUCAAGCAUCCAAGUGUGACGAUUGCUGUCUUCCCGGAGCUGCUGGGCCACAAGGAGCGCCCGGAAAACACGGACGCCCAGGACGUUCCGGAACUCCUGGAAUGCCUGGCAACCCUGGUCGUGCACCAACCAACAUGUGCGAACCAAUGACUCCACCACCAUGUGAGCCCUGCCCAGCUGGAGGGCCCGGACCCCAAGGACCCCCAGGAAUUUCCGGUGACGACGGACCUAACGGACCAGCGGGACCCUCUGGUCCUGAUGGAGAACCCGGAGAUGCUGGACCAAAGGGAGGUCGUGGACAACCUGGCCACCCCGGAGAGCCUGGAUCACCUGGUCCAAAUGGCCAUGAUGGACAAAAUCGAGAACCACAGCCAGGAGCCCCUGGACAACCUGGCGAAGACGGCUUGGAGGGACCACCUGGCGAGCCGGGAGCCGAUGGAACUGAUGGGCAAGAUGGACAACCAGGAUCCAAAGGACCUGACGGAGCUCCUGGAAGACCCGGAGAGGACGGACAAAAUGGAAAACCCGGAUGUGACGGACAGGCCGGAGUCGAGGGCGAAAAGGGACUUUGUCCAAAAUAUUGUGCUCUCGAUGGCGGCGUUUUCUUCGAGGAUGGAACCACCAGACGU